AUGUCGCGCUUUCUGCAGCGAAGCAAAGCAGCAUUCAGUUCUCCAAAGUCGUUCAAGGAGACAUUGCAAACUACAAACGAUCAUGGAGAAGUGCGGUACAACCAAGAUCUCCUCCCCAGUCCACCGGCGGACAGGAAAUGGAGAUGGCAACAUUAUUUCGCCUACUACUUGACCAUGACAUUCAGCCCCUCCUCAUACAACCUUGGUGCAUCUCUAGUCUCGAUUGGUCUUCUCUGGUGGCACGGCAUGAUUGCUGCGGUAAUCGGUUCAGCCAUUCUCACCAUUUUGGUCGUGCUCAACAGUCGUGGCGCUAUCAAGUACUUCAUCGGUUUCCCUGUCUAUGUACGCGCGGCUGCUGGUGUGAGAGGUGCCAGUUUGUAUAUCUUAGUACGAGCAGUAGUAGCGAUUAUCUACUUCGCGACCCAGACGUACUAUGGAGGACGCAUCACAUCGGUUUUCAUGCGCGGCAUCUUCGGGAACGGUUACAACAAUAUUCCGAAUCAUCUUCCAGAGAGUGCGGGAAUUACAAGUAGAGAUUUGCUGAGCUUCUUCUUGUUCUGGAUGGUACAAAUGCCGGUCAUGUUCAUUCAUCCAACGGUACUUCGACAUCUCUUCGUGAUGAAAGCUGUCUAUACCACGAUAGCACUCUUCGGUGUACUUGGAUGGGUGAUCAGCGCUAACGGAGGCAAGAUCGGAAGUUUCACCUAUACAACUAAGCAGACACAGCUUUCGGGUGCAGAUCUCAUCUGGCCUAUGAUUCAAGCCAUCAACUCUGUCAUGGGUGCUCUGGCACCGGUGCUCAUCAAUCAACCUGAUAUAGCACGAUACGGACAUUCGUACAGCGAUGUGACUUGGAGCCAGGGUGUAGGUAUCCUUAUCAGCAAAGUUCUGGUCAUGUUCCUGAGUACCGCGACGACUGCAGCUGCAACACAAGUCCUUGGUAAAAGCUACUGGAACGUUUGGGACCUCUAUGACGCCAUCUUGGAUCAAUAUUGGACUCCUGGAGCUCGAGCAGGAAUGGUGUUCGCGUCUUUCGGCAUGAUGCUCGCUGUACUUGUCACCAACGCUGGAAGUAACUCUCUCCCUGUUGGCGCCGAUCUUACAGGAAUAUUCCCUCGCUGGCUGACCAUCGUCCGAGGCCAAGUACUCUGUGCGGUCCUCGCGCCUCUACUUGUUCCAUGGAAAAUCAUCGCCUCCGCUACAUCGUUCCUCACUUUUCUCGGAUCUUACACCGUGUUCUUAAUGCCAAUAUGCGCUUGCAUGAUCGUCGACUACUGGCUCGUUCGAAGAGGCAAUUUCCACGUCCCCUCGCUAUACACCUCUUCACCUGAAAGUCCAUACUUGUACUACAAAGGCUGGAAUUUGCGCAUGCUGGCUGCUUGGAUUGCUGGAGUUGCGUUCACUGUUCAUGGUGUCGCAGGGUCUUUGGAUCCCGAUUCAGUAGCCGAGGCUAGCAAAAACAUGUACAAACUUGGCUUCGUACUAUCGUUUCUGAUGGGAGGAUCGGUUUACUACAGCUUGUGUCUUAUUUGGCCAGUGCAGGUACUUCCGAUAGGCACGGAGAGGCAGUUGGCGUUUGAAGAAUUGGCAGCUAAUGAAGGAUUUUUUGAUCACGAGAACGUGGGUACAAUUACGGGAGUCCUGGAGGGCGAGGAAAUAGAUGCAACACAGCAUUACGUCGCUAACAGCAAAGAGAGCAAGGUCUGA